GCUUGCCUGAGGGGCUUGCUUGACGGAUAUAUAUAAAAUACAUGGUCCUUUUUUAUCUGCUGUUCCUGGGCUAACAUAGCACCCAGUCUCAACACCACAGACCGCUGAGGGCGGCAGUGCACACUAACACGAUAUAUCGCAGUGAUCGUGUGUGGAGCCUAGCUAGGCGAGGUGUUAGUUCGGCGAUGACGAGGGUAUGAGAGCAUUUUAUGGAGCUGAGGGCUCGGAGCGUUUUUGUGGGGAUGGUGGCAGGCGGUCCCAAACAAGCGUGAUUUUACGAGGUAUGGAGGAACGAAGAGCAUCGGCGGCAACGGCGAGCGCGCCGAUGAGUUGCGGCAGCGGAAGCUCCUGUAUGCGUGCGGGGCCGAUGCAACAGCAGCAGCAGCAAGGUAUGGGUUGCACUCGCGAUUGGAGGAAUGCCGAUGCGGCUGGUGGGAUUUAUGUCUGCUGUGAGCCGAGGAGAUUUCACGGGCCUCCUCAGUGCCAUCGGUGCGGGCGUUCUGGACACAUCAGCAUCAAAUGCCUGGCACCAAACCACGAAAUGAUCUACUGGAAGUACAACCGACCUGGACCGUUUCAGCAGCAGCGGAGGAACGGCGAGUUUGGCGACGGGUCUGUGUGUUGGCAGCAGCAGCAGCAGAAGCAGCCAGGCGUGGUGCACGGCGGUGACUCUCAGCAGCAGCCGCGGCAACAACAGCUAGCAGACGGCCUCACCGGGGGUGCAGGUGGACAGGUGAGUGGUGGGGUGUUCGUUGGUGAGAAGGGGGGGGGGGCUGCUGCCGGUUCGUCUGCGGUGUAUUUGCCGGUAAAAGCCCCCGCCAACGUCGCUUCUCACACCGUAAACACACACUCUACCACUCGCUCUCCCCAGCGGCCCGCAACAUCACGUGUAGUAUCUGCAGUAGUGCGGCAACGCGAUGAGCUGGAUCUCAUGGAGGGCGGAUACAGCAGUAGACGUGUAGCGGAGGAACACAUGCUUGGAUUGUAUCACGUUGUUGUAGUUUCGCCGUCCGCGGAAUCACAACAACCCAAGCAUUCGUCGGAAGCGGCAGCAGCAGCAGCGUUGUCCCUGGUCGCCGCGUUGGCGCCGGGUACUCAGACGGAUGCAGCGGCGAUGGCGGCGGCGUCGACGGCCGCAGGGGCGGCGGCGGCGGCACCGGUGACGGAGGGGUGGACGUGAGCAACAGCAGCAGCAGCAGC